UAGGAGGAGCCAAAAUGGCGCGGCAAACGGGCAGGGGAGAGCCCCGUCCGCGCGACUUCUGCGACUCCCCUCAGAGCGAGGGAGGCGCCCAGUGGGGGAGGGGAGGCCUCUCUCUCUCUCAGGGCGACGCCCCUCUCAGGGACGGCCUCCCUCCCUCCCUCCCUCCUUCCGUGGAGGAGUUUCGGUGCUUCUCUGAGGAGGCAGCAGGGCCCGCCCUUUCCUCCUUCCUUUGGCUUUUCCCUUCCUUCUCUCUCAGACUCUCUCUCUCUCCAACUGAAGGGCUGAGGCGCGUGAGCAAUGGCGGACCCGAAUUUCUUGUGGGGAGUCUUCCAGAGGGUCGACAAGGACCGCAGCGGGAUCAUCUCGGACCUCGAGCUCCAGCAGGCGCUCUCCAACGGAACAUGGACUCCAUUUAAUCCAGCAACAGUUAGAUCUAUCUUAUCCAUGUUUGACAGAGAGAACAAAGGCGGCGUAAACUUCAACGAAUUCACAGGAGUCUGGAAAUACAUCUCUGACUGGCAGAAUGUAUUUCGCACAUAUGACAGAGACAACUCUGGAAUGAUUGACAAACAUGAACUAAAGCAAGCACUAACAGGUUUUGGUUAUCGGCUUUCUGAGCAGUUCUAUGAUCUCCUUAUUCAGAAAUUUGACAGACAAAAAAGAGGACAGGUGGCAUUUGAUGACUUCAUUCAGUGCUGUGUUGUUCUGCAGAAAUGGACAGAUGUCUUCAGACGAUAUGAUACUGACCAAGAUGGCUGGAUACAAGUGUCUUAUGAACAGUACCUUUCCAUGGUGUUCAGUGUCGUAUGAUAUUGACUGCAAAAUGGACUUUAAUAUCACAACAAAACAACUUAAAUAUCAAGACGGAACUGGAUACCUUUUCAUCCCCAUGUAUGGUCCAGGAGAGGCUUCGCUGUGCAUUAUCUUAGGAUGUUACCUGUUAUUGCCCUAGCGUCUACCGCUCAGUAAUUCAGAAUUGCAUCAUGUACCUUACAUUGCUUAAAUGCCAAACAGUAGAAAUAUUUUUCAUUCCAACUUAAAACACUAUUGCAUGUGCCUUUUUUUAAAAAAAAAACCUGAAUAUUAAAUCUCCAGUUGUACCAUUUUCCUACCAAUAUUUUUUUGCUGUUAUGAGACUGCUGUUUGCUCAGGCUGUAGCUGCUAAUUUGUCCAGGAUAUAUAUCUUCCUUUUAAGACUGCUUUAUGCAACACACACUUCUCUGCAGUUUUUUUUUUUUUUUGCUUCAAUGCUUCUGAGAUGCAACGCAACUCCCCAGUGUUUUCCAAACUAUAAUUAUUAUAAUCAGCCCCAUGAGCAUUUAACCAAUGUUGGUGCCAAUAGUGGCUUUUUCUUCUAUCAAAAUGAAGUCAUCCUGUAUCUUGCUUGGACAUUUUGCUGGAAACUCACACUCAAAGGAAAGCAGAAACUGAUCUCAAGUGGACCAUACGUUGGAAAGACAUGACAAAUUAUAAUAAAAAGAGCCACCUAGAAGUGACAAGAACCUUGAUGCACCUUGGAGCCAAAACACACCAUAAAAAGUUGUGUUUUCCUCAGAACAUUGUUAUCACAUCUAAUUCAAUUAAGAUCUGCAGAUAUGAUGCACAUGGAAAGACUGCUAGGUAUAUUGAUAUUGACAAUAUGACUAAUCCCAUGGACUUUGCAAAUAUUCUUGAGACCGUAUCAAUUGGCAAUAAUAAAAAACAUUUGUUACUGACAA